AUGCGCUUCUCUUCAUGCGCGUGCUCCCAACUGACAGCUGGAGCGGUUGGAGGACAAGAGGCGCGUGCCCGAAACCCGGCCAUUAACGAGCGGGUGCGCCAGGGCGCGCAUGCAACACUGUUGGUGACAGGAGAUGGAGGCCCUGUCACCAGUACACCUGGAGCUGACAAAGUCAUUCUCCAAGUCAGGAAACAAGGAGGACCAGCUGAGACCCCUCAAACUCAGUCUGUUAUCCUUCCUCAGACACCCCACAUUUCAAGUGCCAAUGGGAUCCUCUGUGGGGGUGUUAAUCAUCCCCCUCCAGGGAACUUGAGGCCCUCUGCUCUGCAGCCCAUCAUGCCUGCCAUGACUCUCAGGGGCACUAAGCCUGGUAAUGGGGGCUGGUCUCCAGGCUUUCCUCCUCAAGCUCCACCACCAGUCACCCCGCUGGCCCCCAACCUUCAUUCAGGGAAUGCUUUGCCCAGGACACAGGGGGCCUCAGGGCAGGGAGCUGUGGCCUCGGCCCAGUCGACACCUUCGCUGGAUGACUCCUGCAAACCCAGGAGCGUUUAUGAGAACUUCCGCUGUUGGCAGCGCUUCAAGUCCCUAGCCCAGAGGUACUUUCACUGGAGUCCUGAUGCUGAAGCUCUCUCCUGCUUCCUCAUCCCAGUGCUUCGAUCUCUGGCCCGGCGCGAGCCCACCAUGAGCCUGGAGGAGGGACUUCACAGAGCUGUGCAGGAAUGGCAGCGGACAAGCAAUUUUGACCGGAUGAUCUACUAUGAGAUGGCAAGAAAAUUCAAGGAGUUUGAGACUGAGGAAGAGGGACAAAUUGAGAUCUUACAGAAGAUGACUGGUCCUCAGGGCCCAUUAAGAACAGACCCUCCAAAGCUUCAUCCCUUGGUGCAAAAAGGCAACGUGGAAGGCCAGCAGCCAGAGGAGUGA